AUGCAAAAUCCCAAACAAAAGAAACACUUAUUUCUCUCGUUACACGACAAAAGGAAAAUAAUCGAAGCAGUGAACGCGGGCAAAACAAGAAAUUCAAUUGCAAAAGAAUAUAAUGUUUCAAUAGCAUCAGUGAGUAUUUUAAUGAAAAAACACAAGGAAACAAUUGACUCGAAUAAUUUGCCAUUAAAUGAAUUGGCCUUAAAAAAUCGAAAGGUAAUAAAAAAAGUGAAUAAUGAACAAUUGGAAAAAGCGGUAUUGUUGUGGUACAAUGAAAAAAGGGAAUCAGGCGAAACAGUGACUGGCCCUUUAAUUUGCGAAAAAGCACUCGCAUUCAAUGUGUGUCUUAAUGGUCCCAAGGAAUUUAAGGCCAGUAACGGUUGGUUGAAUAAUUUUAAAAAACGCAAUGGAAUUCGCAAUUUUUCCCAGCAACGAAUACAGGAAAAUCUAGAGGCGGCCACGGAUUAUUGUUUGAAUUUUCAAAAUUUCAUUGUUGAUGAGGAUUAUAAUUGGAGUUUGGUAUUUAAUGCUGAUGAGAGUGGAAUUUUUUGGAAAAAUUUACCAAACAAUUAUGAUGAGAAUUCUGCAGACGAAAGAGUAACAGGUUUAUUUUGCUCCAACGCAGACGGAACAUUCGCCCUGCCAGUGUUAAUAAUAGGCAAAUAUCCCAGGCCACGUUGUUUCAAAAAUCUCCGCUACUUACCAGUCGUCUACAAAACCGAAUCCACAUCGUCAAUGUCAUCGGAAAUAUUUCUCGAUUGGUACAAAAAUCAUUUCAUUCUCUCGGUACAGGAAAUGCAGGAAAAAACCCAGCAACACGGAAAAGUCCUCUUACUACUCGACCAGGCGAAAUGUCACCCACCAAAGGAAAUUUUAAAUUCAGUCAAUGAAAAUUUUCAAGUUGAAUUUUUACCCUCAAAUCUCGAAUCAUUGGUGCAGCCAAUGUCACAUGUGAUAAAUUGCACAAAGCGAAAAUACAGGAAGAAAUUUGUCGAAAAUUUAUCUCUCGCAAGCGGUAAUAUUGGCGUUGAGCAAUUUAUAAAGGCGCACAAUUUAAAGGACUGUUGCUUUCAAAUUGCCAGUGCGUUUCAAUCGUUGAGUCAGGAGACGCUGCAGAAUGCGUGGAAUAAAAUUUGCGCUGUGUCAAAAUUAACGGAUGAUAAUUAUGAUGGGGAGGCGCUGGACGACGAAACUUUUUGGCGAAUUGUACAAAGCGUUAAAGGUUUCGAGAAUACGCAAUUAUCAUCAAUAAAAACGUGGUUAAAUUCAGACAACAAUGAUCCUGGCUGGAAAUUAUAUUCAGACGAGGAAAUUAUUGACAUCGUGAGAACGGGAACUUACGAAAUUAUUGAAACCGAAGAAGUAAAUGAUGAAUUUCUCCGGCAGCCAAUGGAGACCGAUGGUCAAAUUUGCCAAUCAACUGAUUUUCACAAAAUUCAUCUCAAUCCUUCAAAUGAAACUUUUGAAUCUGAUGAAGAUAACGAAUUUCUCGAGGACAGAAAAUUUUCCACCGAAUUUAUCAUCAGUGAAGAGAAUUUCAAUAAUAAAACGAUGAAGAAUGAGGAAAAUGAUGAUAAUAAUGAUCGGGAACAUUUCAACGAAUCGAUAGAAUCUGAUGAUGAGAAUUUUAACAAAUCGAUGGAAACUGAUGAUGAUGAUGAUAAUAAAAAUUUUCAAAAUUCGAUAGAAUCGAAUGAUGAGGAAGAUGAUCAGAAUUUUCAUUUAUCGAUUGAAUCGGAUGAUUGCGAUGAAUCAGUGAAUUCUGCUGAUGAUGAAAAUUUUAAUAAAUUGAUUGAUUCCGAUUUUAAUGAGACGAAUUUUUGUGAAAUGGGAAAAUCGAAGGAAAUUGGGGGAAAAUUUGUUGAAACUAUGGAAUUAAAUUAUAAUUUUCCACCAUUUGAAAGUAUAGAAGAGGCUUUCAAGCACGUACACAAUUGGUGUAAACAAAAAAAAGAAUACACAGAAGCUGAUUAUCAUUGUUUUCUCAAAUGGGAAACAUUAUCACGAGAUGCAUUCAAAGAGUAA